GUGACCUUUUGUCUCUUCUUCUAUAAUUGUCUUUCUCCUUUCUUGCUUUCUUUCUGCUUCCAAAAACAAAAAACCAAAAAAUGUAUGCAAUGAAAGAAGAAGACUGUCUUCAAACGUUUCACAACUUACAAGACUAUCAAGACCAGUUUCUUCUUCAUCUCCAUCCACAAAACCUCCCCUGGUCAUCUUUACCUUCUAUUGACCCGACCCAUUUCCCAUCCAACCCGACCCGUUAUUCUGACCCGGUCCACUACUUCAACAAGAGAGCUUCUUCUUCCUCUUCUUCUUUUGACAAUACUGAUGGUUUUGUUUCUCCUCCCCUGGAUAAUCAUUAUCAUCAUCAGAACCAUCUAAGGAUCUUGUCCGAAGCUCUUGGACCCAUCAUGCGUCGUGGCCCGUCCUUCGGCUUUGAUGGUGAGAUUAUGGGGAAAAUGAGUGCACAAGAAGUCAUGGAUGCUAAGGCUUUGGCUGCUUCAAAGAGUCAUAGUGAAGCCGAGAGAAGAAGGCGAGAGAGAAUCAACACUCAUCUUGCUAAGUUGCGUAGCAUUUUACCAAACACAACAAAAACCGACAAAGCUUCGUUGCUAGCGGAAGUGAUCCAACACAUGAAGGAGUUAAAACGACAGACAUCACUGAUCACCGAGACGUGUCAAGUCCCAACAGAGUCCGAUGAUCUGACCGUAGAUUCGACUUACAACGAUGAAGAAGGAAACUUGGUGAUAAGAGCUUCCUUUUGCUGCGGAGACAGGACUGACCUCAUUCAUGACGUCAUAAAUGCCUUAAAGUCUCUUCAUCUUCGAACUCUCAAAGCCGAGAUCGCGACCGUAGGUGGUCGAGUCAAGAACGUCCUUUUCUUGAGCCGAGAUGACCAUGAAGAUGAUGGUUUUGAAUAUCGUAACGAUGCCGUGGAGCAUGAUGAUGAAGAGAAGAGAUAUAAUCGUGUGAGUUCGAUAGAAGAAGCGUUAAAGGCGGUUAUAGAGAAGUGUGUCAAUAAUAAUGAUGAAAAUAAUGAUAACAAUAACUUGGAGAAAUCAUCGUCGGGGAGUAUAAAGAGGCAAAGGACUAGUAAGAUGGCAAAUCGAUGUUACAAGUAGUUAAUAACUCCAUAAAAUGAUUGUUUAUAUCAUUAAGUCAUUAAUUAACUAAUUAGGGUUAGUUAAUUGGACUUGCAAAAUGGGUUUA